AUGCCCCUCGCCUCACAACUUUCCAACUUCUUCUUCGCCGGCUCGUCUGCUUCGGCCGGCGACAGCAGUAGCGACGAGCACGUCGUCGGGUUGGCAGAGCCGCCUCGCAAUGCCGGUAUUCACACGAAGCACUCCCCGGGCAGAAGCAGCGUCAUAGCGUCUGAUAGCGGGCGUACCAUGAAGAGCGAAGAUAUCGAAACGGAGGGCCGGCCGCCCUAUCUCCAUGCCAUGAUUGCUGGUGGUAUUGGCGGCUCAACUGGCGACCUGCUCAUGCAUUCGCUGGAUACAGUCAAGACACGGCAGCAGGGCGAUCCGAACAUCCCGUCAAAAUACACAUCAUUGGGACGAUCAUACUACACAAUAUGGAGACAGGAAGGUGUAAGACGAGGUCUGUACGGGGGAUGGAUCCCUGCGCUGGGCGGCUCGUUUCCCGGCACCGUCAUGUUUUUCGGCACAUAUGAAUGGAGCAAGCGAUUCCUGAUAGACCACGGCUUACAGCACCACUUGGCAUAUCUCUCAGCAGGAUUCCUCGGCGACCUCGCCGCCUCCGUCGUCUACGUCCCCUCCGAGGUCCUCAAGACCCGACUACAGCUCCAGGGACGCUACAACAACCCCCAUUUCCGAUCCGGAUACAACUACCGGGGCACGCUUGACGCCGCGCGCACCAUUGUCCGAACCGAAGGCGCGUCGGCCCUCUUCUACGGGUACAAGGCCACGCUGUACCGAGACCUGCCCUUCUCCGCGCUCCAGUUCAUGUUCUGGGAGCAGUUCCACGCCUGGGCCCGCGUGUACAAGCAGAGCCGCGAAAUCGGCGUGCCGCUGGAGCUUCUCACCGGCGCGGCGGCAGGUGGUCUCGCGGGCGUCAUCACCUGCCCUCUCGACGUGGUCAAGACGCGGCUCCAAACACAAGUCAACCCCUCCUCGGACCAGGUGACCAAGUUGAAGGAGGUGGCCUCCUCCCAGAAGCGCCACAUCUCAACAUCGUCACCCAGCACGCACCGCCCGCAACCUGGUGCCAUCGCCCUGGAAACAUCCUCCGUCAUCACCGGUCUGAAGGUUAUUUACCGCACUGAAGGUCUGGCCGGGUGGUUCCGUGGCGUCGGCCCUCGUGGCGUAUGGACCUUUAUCCAGAGCGGGUGUAUGCUCUUCCUGUACCAGCGGUUGCUGCACCAGCUAGAGGUGAUGAUGCCUGCUGAGAAGGACGACUUGUAA